CGGGCGCAUGCGCGGGGCGCCGGCGCGCGAGCGCGCGCGACAGCUUUCCAUGGCAGCGCCCGCGGCGGCCAUGGGGCCCUCGGCGAUGGGCCCGGGCGGGCCGGGCUCCCUCGCUCCGUGGUGCUCCGUCAACAGCGGCCCGACGCGCUACGUGCUGGGCAUGCAGGAGCUGUUCCGCGGGCACAGCAAGACGCGCGAGUUCCCGGCGCACAGCGCCAAGGUGCACUCGGUGGCCUGGAGCUGCGACGGCCGCCGCCUGGCGUCGGGCUCCUUCGACAAGACGGCCAGCGUCUUCGUGCUGGAGAAGGACCGGCUGGUCAAAGAGAACAAUUACAGGGGCCAUGGAGACAGCGUGGACCAGCUGUGUUGGCACCCAAGCAAUCCCGACCUCUUUGUCACCGCCUCUGGGGACAAGACCAUCCGCAUCUGGGACGUGAGGACCACCAAGUGCAUCGCCACGGUGAACACCAAAGGGGAGAACAUUAACAUUUGCUGGAGCCCCGAUGGGCAGACCAUUGCCGUGGGCAACAAGGACGACGUGGUGACUUUCAUUGACGCCAAGACCCACCGGUCCAAGGCCGAGGAGCAGUUCAAGUUCGAGGUCAACGAGAUCUCAUGGAACAAUGACAAUAACAUGUUCUUCCUGACCAACGGCAACGGCUGCAUCAACAUCCUCAGCUACCCAGAGCUGAAGCCGGUGCAGUCCAUCAACGCCCACCCUUCCAACUGCAUCUGCAUCAAGUUCGACCCCAUGGGCAAGUACUUUGCCACGGGCAGCGCGGACGCGCUGGUCAGCCUCUGGGACGUGGACGAGCUGGUGUGUGUGCGCUGCUUCUCCAGGCUAGAUUGGCCUGUGAGGACCCUUAGCUUUAGCCACGAUGGGAAAAUGCUGGCGUCCGCGUCCGAAGACCACUUCAUUGACAUAGCUGAAGUGGAGACAGGCGACAAGCUCUGGGAGGUGCAGUGUGAGUCCCCGACCUUCACUGUGGCCUGGCACCCCAAAAGGCCCCUGCUGGCUUUUGCCUGUGAUGACAAAGAUGGCAAAUACGACAGUAGUCGGGAAGCAGGCACGGUCAAGCUCUUCGGGCUCCCCAAUGACUCCUGAGGGGGCCCCUCUUCUCGCAGGAUCUGCCUGCCCGGACUCGUCCCGCCCGGUCUUGUGGUGGGCCCUCGAGUCUUUAUCCAUGAGUAUUUGCUACAGUCGCACCUGGGGCAGUGGUGGCCCCCCCUCAGCCCCCACAUUCUCAGGGCUCCCUGGAGCCCCCCGUCGUUUCUGCUGCAUGCCCUUUGGAUGGACUUGGAGGUCUAUUCCUGCCCAGUGUGGAGGAGGAGGCCGGGCUGGGCACCGCGGGGAAGGAAGCAAUUUCUUUUUUCUGUUUUCAAUGCACAAAUGAAUGUUUUGAGA